AGAAGCUUAGUUAAAGCCUUAAACCCUUCUCCUCUCUUGCUCUCCUGGUCUCCCACCACCACCCAGAAGUUCGAUUCCUGAACCCUAAAAAAAAAACAAGAUGAGAAAGCUCAAUCGACCUACUGGUCAUAGAAUGUCUAUGCUAAGAACAAUGGUUUCUCAGCUGGUGAAGCAUGAGCGCAUAGAAACUACAGUGGCCAAGGCAAAAGAAGUUCGAUGUCUUGCAGAUAACAUGGUGGAACUUGGGAAAGAGGGUACUCUUGCCGCUGAAAGGCAGGCCGCUGCCUUCGUGCGAGGAGAUGAUGUCAUUCACAAGCUAUUUACAGAGUUGGCUUAUCGCUACAGAACUAGGGAAGGUGGAUAUACUAGAUUGCUUCGGACGCGCAUUCGAGUAGGGGAUUCUGCAGAAAUGGCAUAUAUCGAGUUUGUUGACAGAGAAAAUGAACUGAGACAGGCGAAACCUCCAACUCCUCAACCACCUCAAAGACUUCCCAUGGAUCCAUGGACAAGGUCCCGGCUUACCACGCAGUUUGCACCCCCGAAGGAGGAUGAGAACUUCCGAGCUGACAUUUAAAGUUAGAUCUUUGUGAAGCUCGCAUUUUGGAUUUGUAUUCUGAUUCCUUCAGUGUCAUCAAUUUUUCUGAGUUUGAGGAAAUCUAGAGCUGAAUGUUUAUUUUGAAUCUGUUCUCUCGGUUUUGGCAUCUUAUUUACCGCUUAAAUCAUAAUAUCUGCCGACAGAAUUAUUUUUAUAUACAGGGGAUUCA